AAGGCUGCUCACUCACUUUAGUAGCACCACAAUCCAGACAAAAACAGGGCUUUACACAGAGCUUUAAAGGAAGACAAACACAGAAAAGUGGCAAGUCACUGAAAAAUAAGAGUAGAGGCGGGGCUAUCAAAGCCCAGCAGAGUCAUAUAGUGAAAAAUCUCAAACAGGAGGCAAACACAGAGAGACCUAAGGCAGAACCAGGACUAUUCUCUGUAAGAAAACAACUCUUCACCACAUAAGUUUACCGUUUUUUCUACCUGGACAAUGACAGAGAAUGUAGAAGAUCAAGUCAACUUCUCUCAAACCUCGGGGUCUGAGCAACAGACACCGCAUUUUCUACGAGAUGUCAUCUUCCAUGGCAAGUUUAAGCGGCUGAAGGCUCUAACUCCAGAGGAAAAUACCCGCUCCCAGCAUGGGCUCUUCUUCCAGGAUGGUCAACGGCGUGUUGACUACGUGCUCACCUACUCCGUGAAGAAGUCGAGUGGAAGCCACUCCACUCGGCAGUCAGUGCAUCUCCUCACUGAGAAUGUUGUUGCUCGCAGCUUCCGCCAUGGUCCUCAGAGUGGUGGCGAAAAGCUCCGAGCCAAGCAAACACAAAGGACGAAAGACUCAUCUUCCGUACAUUCAUCGAGGGUUAUCGACAUGGAGUUGGGCUGUUCAGGAGAAAUCUUCAAUGGCCAGGAGGAUCAGAAGGCAUUCAGAAGGGAGGAGUUUGAGGGAAAACUGAGAGAUAUGGGGCUAGAGCUGGAAAAAGAUGAAGAUGGCAAGAUUCCAGGAGUGUACUUCGUGAAAAUCCAUGCUCCCUGGAACGUUCUUUGUCGAGAAGCCGAAUUCAUGAAGUUAAAGAUGCCCACCAAAAAAGUCUAUGAGGUCAAGCAGUCAAACAGCAUUGUGGAGAAGAUCAGUACUCUGAUUAGUAAAAUUCUGGAGCCCCUCCACCCACAUGUUGAGGAACAUCAACCCAAGAACAUCAAACACCUGUCACACACGUUCUCUAGGGAAAAGCAACACCUAUUUGACCUCUCAGACAAAGAUUACUUCUUUGACAGCAAAACCAGGAGUUCAAUAGUUUUUGAAAUACUAAAAAGAACAAAAUGCAAGGCCAAGUACAGCAUGGGUAUCACCAGUCUCCUUGGUAGUGGGGUGUAUACUGCAGCUUAUCCUCUUCAUGAUGGAGAGAUUGAUGAGGAGAGUGCAGACCCCAAUGACAGAAAGCUUUUAUAUGAGGAGUGGGCAAACUACAGCGUAUUCUACAAGUACCAGCCGAUCGGACUCGUGCGGAAGUAUUUUGGUGAGAAGAUUGGGCUGUACUUCGCUUGGCUAGGCCUGUAUACCCAGAUGCUGAUUCCUGCCUCACUAGUGGGGGUCAUUGUCUUUUUGUAUGGAUGCGCCACAGUUGAUGACAACAUUCCAAGCAUGGAGAUUUGUCAUCCAAGGAACAACAUCACCAUGUGUCCACUGUGUGACAGAGUGUGCAGCUACUGGAAACUUAGCACUGCCUGUGGGACUGCCCGGGCAAGUCAUCUGUUUGACAAUCCUGCCACAGUUUUCUUCUCUAUAUUCAUGGCUCUCUGGGCUGCCAUGUUCAUGGAGCAUUGGAAAAGGAGGCAGAUGAGACUCAACUAUGAAUGGGACCUUACAGGGUUCGAGGAUGAGGAAGAAGCUCUCAAGGAUCACCCCAGGGCUGAGUACGAAUUCAAAGUAAUGCAAAAGUCUCUAAGGAAACGUCAAAAGUCCCAGGACAAGAUAGAAAAGCUUACAUUUCAGGACCGUCUGCCCGCCUACAUGACUAACAUCGUCAUGAUGUUGUUAAUGAUUGGUGUUACAUUUGCCAUUGUGUUUGGUGUGAUCCUCUACCGCAUCUCCACCAAAGCUGCUCUUCAUAUGAGUUCCAGUCUGAUCACAAGGAACCAUGUUCAGCUGACAGUUAAAACCACUGCAGCCAUCAUCAACCUUGUGGUCAUCCUUAUACUGGAUGAGGUAUAUGGAGCUGUGGCACGAUGGCUUACUGUAUUAGAGGCUCCUAAAACUGACAAGAGUUUUGAGGAAAGACUCAUCUUCAAGACCUUCAUUCUCAAGUUUGUUAAUGCAUUUUCCCCAAUCAUCUACAUUGCUUUCUUCAGGGGAAGACUUGUAGGCAGGCCAGGCAGCUACCUAUAUGUGUUUGACUCUUACAGAAUGGAAGAGUGUGCUCAUGGAGGCUGUCUGAUGGAGCUGUGUAUCCAGCUGAGUAUCACCAUGUUGGGAAAGCAACUUAUCCAGAACAACCUUUUUGAGAUUGGAAUACCCAAACUGAAGAAACUGAUUCGAUACAUUCGGUCAAAGCAAGGAGCUUUUCAGGAAGAAGAGAGACAGAAGAAGUUGACGAGAUAUGAAACCGACCAUUUUCUGGAGCCAUUUGGUGGAUUAACUCCUGAAUAUAUGGAAAUGAUCAUCCAGUUUGGUUUUGUUACUUUGUUUGUGGCAUCCUUCCCGCUGGCUCCACUCUUUGCUCUGCUCAACAACAUCAUUGAAAUACGUCUUGAUGCCAAGAAAUUUGUGACGGAGCUGCGAAGACCAGUGGCAGCAAGAGCCAAAGACAUCGGAAUAUGGUACAACAUACUGAGAGGGGUAGCAAAAGUUGCUGUCAUCAUUAACGCAUUCGUUAUCUCCUUCACAUCAGACUUCAUCCCUCGGAUGGUUUACCAGUACAUGUACAGUCCUGAUGGCUCCAUGCAUGGAUUUGUCAACCAUACACUGUCUUAUUUUAAUGUCAGCCACUUCCAGGAUGGCAAAGAACCCAUGGAUCCAUCACACUUUGGCUACCCUGUUGUAAUAUGCAGGUAUAAAGACUACAGGGAACCUCCUUGGUCAAACACACCAUAUGAGCUAUCCAAGGAAUUCUGGGCAGUGCUGGCUGUCCGUCUGGCUUUUGUUAUUGUUUUCCAGAACGUUGUGAUGCUCAUGAAUGACAUUGUUGACUGGCUAAUCCCAGACAUCCCAAAAGAUAUCAGCCUGCAGAUCCACAAGGAGAAGAUUUUAUUGGUAGAGCUUUUCAUGAAAGAAGAGCAGGGCAAGAGCUAUAUCAUUGACAGCAGCACUUCAGCAGAUGGAAAGGAAAACUGCAGCAAACACAACAACAACAGCAAAGUGGCGCCCCCACGCUCCCGACGGCAUACCAACAGCACCAAAAGCUUCUAACAGCCAUGCUAGCAGCUAUGGCUAGUAGCUAGUAGCUUUUAGUUUAAUUGUUGUUAGCAUGUCAAAGCUUGCUAGUAGUUCUCUCUCAGGACAGACUAAAUUGUAUGUAAAUUGUAUGUUUUUCUUAAUAUUCUUAACAUUCCAACAACUGGGACAGCAGUUGGCCAAAGAGAUGUGAGAAAAUUAAAUCUGUGGCCAAAUAUGUUGCAUGUUUUUGUUGAGCUGUGAAACUCUGUCACUCCAUAUGUGCACACUCAAAUGUAUUUAUGUGCUUAAGAAUGUCUGAUUGUGUACUCAAAUUAAUGACUUUGUAAAUCAAUAUGUAAAAGUGUAUUCAUUCUUACAUGCAUCAGAUCUGAAAUUUUGUAUAUAAUCCUUUAAAUACUCACAAAUUUCAGAAUAUGCACAAAAAUGAUGACAAAUUGUGUGCAUAAAAUUUUUUACCAGCAUACACAUUAGAAUCAGAAAAUGUGAAUUCAAAGAAAUCAAUAUAGAAACUUUUCAUUAAACGGUGACUAAUCAAAAUUCAGAACCUGCUGUUAGAAAAUAAAUAUUAAGGAGGAAGCAGUUUCAACUUGCUGUAUGGAACAAAAUUUAAAUCCAGAAUUGAAUUUUUUAAAUUCUCCUCACAUAUGUCAUCUUGAAUAACACAGGUCUGCAACCCAAAAAACUGCAUAGGAUUUUUUGACUAGAUUUGACUAGAUUUGUACUGACUAAAACUGGGAAAAAUAUUUUUAAAAUUCUAAAAAUCUGGUAUCCUAUACUUGAGUCAAAAAACCAUAUCCAAUAAUGAUUUCUAAGAGCGAGACUCAAGAGAAAUACAAAUAAAAAAUGCGAGGAAUUGAGAAGGGGGGGAUACUGUGCGUUUGCGGUGUGAGGAGCUCAGAUGGUCAUGUCCCAUUCUUCAAGACAUCCCAACAGAUUUAUUUUGUUAAGGUAAGGAAUCUCAGAAAAAUUAUGCAAAAUUAGUUAAUUGUAAUAAAAUAUUGAUUUUUUUUUCAUUGCUGUUGUGAUUUUGUUUUUUUUUAAAUAAACUCCUCAUGUUUUGCAAAAACGCCGUAUGUGGGGAAAUGGAGAUCAUUUUUAGUUUCAGCACCCUAAAAUAUCAAAUUUACCAAAAAUAUCCCAUGCAGCUGAAGUUUUUUUGUUUGUUUGUUUUUUGCAGAACUGUGAAAAUUGAGUUUUUGAGGAUCCUUGUGACAAUUUUUUUAAGAAUUAAAAUUUUAAUUUGCA